UGUAAACAGCUAGACUUAUUAUUGGUAAUCAAUUUAUUUAUUUAUUUACCCUCCUUUCCCCUUUCUUGCGUUUCAUAGACUGCAUAAAUUGGAAAUACCCACACUACAAUCUUGUACAAUCAGAAUUUGAAACCGACAGUGGAUGCUCCAUCUUUUAUACUGAGCAUGGUUUUUAAUGAGCGUAUAAAAGUAAAUUCUGCCAAGAAUGUUUUAUUUAUUAGAAUAAAAAUGUCCGGUACUGUAAACAGUAAACAAUAGGACGUUACCCGGCGUAACUACGGCUGUGUGCUGAGAAAAGCGCAACAAUUUUUCUGCUUGGAGUCAAGGUUGUGCGACCUGCAGCCAUGGAGUCGAGAAACCCGUUGCUUAGCAAUCCGACAGGAUUGGGAGAUCAGUUAACUUUUAGCACACUUUCUAGCUCACUUGAAUGUUUUUAGUUCUAUUAACUUCUAAUUUUGUGGAUUACAGUCCUGCUACUGCGGUAUCCGGGAUACAUAAUCAUUAUUUAAUGGAAGGUAAACAUAAGUUUAUCUUAGGCCAUUUUAGACUGAUACCCAUGAAACUAUCAAACUGAUAUAACUAGUUUUUGACAAUAUGAGAAAUGGCUGCUGACAUGUUGUGUACACCGUAUAAUGUAUGCCCUCGCUUUGUCUGUCUCUAGGUAAUACGCUGUGAGAGCAAGGAGCAUGUGUCUACUCAUGGUCUCCACUGUAUACAGCAUUUUUUCUGUGACAGCCCCGUGCGUUUUAUGAUGUAUUCUGAGGCUGCUGCAGCAGUUAUCAGCCUCCACUCAGACAAUACAGUCUGCAUAUAUCGAGCUGAUGGCCACAUGCAGACUUCCUUAGUACACUUGCCUUUCAUGGGCUUGACCUGUACAAAGAUCUCUGGCUGGGUGGUCGGUUGGGGCCCUGGUGCCAUCUUCAAACUUCUGGACAGGGAGUUACGCCCCUUGGAUUCUGCUGCUGAUGCCCUGGACAUACAUGUCUGUCAGCCUGCAGAGCACUCCACAGAGCAGGUGUGGGGAAUGUGUGUAUUUGGUCGGUGAUGCUCAUGAGGUGUAAGUUGAAGAUACAGGAGGGGCUGCAGCACAGCACACUCACACACAUGGCACUGGCACCCCCACAGUCUGAUAGGCCCCACAGAGCCUUUGCUGCAUGUGAGCACGUCGUGACAGUGGUCAACCUUGAUGACGAGAAGGUUUUGGAUCAUAGAAAGGAUCUCUGCUCAUGUGAUAUCACUGCAAUGGCAUACUGCUCUCAACUGGAAUGUUUAAUCAUUGCAUCUCAAGAUCUGUGCAUUAGAGUAUGGGGUUCAGACUGGGUGCUACGUGAGGUUUUUUAGGAAAUAAUGGUAUGGUGAACUCACUGUUCUACUGCUCUGAAUUCCACAUGCUUUUAUCAUCCUCUCUGGAUUGUACGAUCCGUUGCUGGAAUGUGGAGGACGGUGAUAUGGUCAAUUGCAUGCACACAGAGCAGAAAGAGCCUCCGUUGUACAUAGGAGGCACUAGAAAGGGUGAUACCUUCUUUUCCUUCUCUCGCCAUGGAGUGGACUUCUGGAGCAUAAGAAACAUGUACAGCCUCCACUGUAAACUCAAAGGGGAUGAAAGAGCCCCAUUGAGACAAAUCCUGGUCUCCCCCUUCCCUGCUCCUUACCCUGUAAGAGUGCUCUGUGUUAGUGGAGAUAGUGAUAUCACUCUGGUGGCUGCAGAAACAGGAGCAGUGUUGACUUCCCUCAAGGCACAGCAGAGGAUUUUGCACGCUGACUACUGCCUGCACAAAGAGAUCCUGCUGGCCUUAACUGAGGCGGGUACAGUGCUCCAAGCCAACGCCCUCACUAAUCCAGUCACUUUGAUGCAAGAGGGGAAGGCGAGAGGCCUGGGGCCCUGGCAGCAGGAGAACCAUUUGACAGAAGAGAACUCACAGAAUCUGCCGAUCCCUGGCCCGGCCUGCUGCCUGGUGGUCUACAGCUAUGUAGUUGAAACACAGGGCGCUUUGCAGCAGUGGAGGAGCUUGCAAGAGAGAAGAGGGUGCAGUCACAGGAACAAAGCCUCUCUGGACGAUGCCAAGAACAGAUUUUUGAUCAUACUUGGCCAAAAUGGAGGCUGCGUGAGUGUUCUAAAACUGAAUAAUGGGAACGUCUUGUACAGGACACCAGCACACAGCGGUCAAAGAGUCACCACAAUGCAGGUGUACCCCAAGGAUGGCUACCUACUCACGACAGGUGAGGACAUGACACUAGUAGUGUGGCGAGUACACCCCUACAUCCAGGAGUGUCUCAGCCAACAAGUGAGCUUGCACUGUGGCCAGCCUCAUGUCUAUGUUGCAGCACUGGGGCCUCAGCUGGCUCUGACCUUUCAAGAGCCCAACAGUGGGGCCUAUAGCCUGAUACACCUUCUCAUCCAGAGCCAGACCGGUCAGCUGUCCAGAGAAGGCCAUUUAGACCACAUCACAGGACUGUGUGUAUGUCCUGAUCUGGAUGUGUUUGUCACCAGCAGUUUAGAUAGGACAAUGUGUAUUUGGAAUGAGGAGAAUCAACUCAUCAGGAUGCUCCAGUUAAAUGCAGUGCCUGAGUGUCUGGCUUACGCUGGGUUUGGAGGAGAACUGUUCCUGGGCAUCAGAGGAGUCCUGUACAAAAUGAACUGUGCAGAUUUCCUACCACACAAGUACCAACAGCUGCUGCGCUACACUUAUCGUCCUGAGCCUCUUCCCAACUUGCCUAUAACUGAGAAUAAAGAAAUUGUCAGCAAAAGAAAGUCUUCUAUGAAAGGCAAAAACAAGGAAGAGGAAUCAUCUGAAAUCCCCAGUAAUCAAUCACUGACUGAAGACAUGUGGAGCCAGAAGGAGAGCUUAGUGACCUCAAACAUGGACUUAUCUGCACUUCUACAAGGCACAGUAAAGUGCAGAAAAGGGAAGCCUCCUAGUACAAAGCAAACCAAGAAAGAGGCUUUUGACCGCUACAUGAAAAUAAUAUAUGGAUUGCCCUAUAAUAUUCAGAUUGAUUUGGAGGACACAUCUGACCCAGAUAUAUUUUCAUUUAAUCCUGAACCAAGUGACAACAAGCCCUAUAACUUUCCUAUUUUAAAAAAAGACAUUCUCCCCAAAUCUAAAUUGAACAUACCUGUAGAUGUGGAGAAAAAGAAGGAGAAAAAGGCUCCAGCGACAAGCUCUAAACCAAAGACCUCAGUGAAUGACAAGCCACAGCCUGUUGAGAAAGUCAAACCCAUUAAGCCCAGUAUAGUGGAGAAAGAUGAAGAGCCUCCAGAGAGAAUUUCUCCAAAUGAGCAACCAAAACCCAAAAUUCAAACUCCUCAUUAUUCAAGGACCCCAGCACUGCUUCCACCACGGGAUCCCACCCCUGAGCUGCCGGCAUUCCUCAAACAGUUUGCAAAUGCAAGCUGGUUUCAAGACUUGUACCCUGAUCAGAAGAUCAUCCCAAGCACCCUGUCUCCAGAGGACUUUUCCUUACAACUGCUGGGCUGUCUGAACACUUGCAGUGCUCCAUCCAAAACUACAAUCCUAGCUGCACUGCAGACCCUGCAUAGCCAGGGACUCUUACAGAAUACAAGCUUUUCCAAGGCAUCUUCGACUUGGUGCCCAAAUAUUUACCUUUGGAUUGGACAGUGCUUGUUGAAGUGUUGAUUCUGUUGGUGGAUCUGAAAUCUGCCAGUUAUGACUUUGUGAAAAAUCUUCUCACUCUUCUGGCCUAUAAAAGACUCGGCCUCCAGAAAACACUGCUGUGUAUGCUAAAAGGACUAGGUGUCGAUGAGGCUGAGCAGUGGUUGUUGCCUGAGUUGGAGAACUGGGACUCUGAGCCACAUGACCAGUCUGACAUCUGGAAGAGCCUCCAUAACAGAGCAGACUGUUGGUUGGAGCUAUGGAUCUCCAAGUACAAAGUAACAAAGAUGGUUCAUUUCUCUCUCUUACAUUACAUUUCAAAUGGACAGAGCAGGUGUCUGAAAACCAAGAGGCUAUCCCUCUGUGAAGCUCUGCUCUCUGCUGAUUCCCAUAUCCCUAAUUGUGACCUUAACUCCUCUAAAUAGGAGCACAUAGCUGGCUAGGCAUAACUAGGCAUGGCUGGCUUUGGCUUUCUGCUCCUUCCAUACCACUAGGAACACAAAAGGUAUCUGUACCUCAGGGGAACAGCAAAAUGGAUGCCAACAACCUUUGGCAUGGUGGAUGUACUGAAUUAUUUCUGCUCCAUCCAAAAACAGAAGUACAGAAAGGCUCAAUAUGUUGCACCUGCUGGUUGCAAAAAUACAGUGCUUCUUCCCCUAAAUGACAGGUAUGUGAAUGUUAUGAACUUAUCAGUUUACACUCUUCACAUGUACUUUUUUUUUUACAUUACUGUGUCUGUUUGUGUAGUAGUUCUCAACCAAUCCUUCGUCUAGGAGAGACUUACACCAUGGCCAGGGUCCGGAGGCCACCAGGUAAUAUUUCAGACUUCUGCUUAAAUGUAAAUGACAGUUUAAAUGAAUGUUUAUUAAACAUCGAAUGCAUUCCUGUCAUACAGGAAUAAUUCUGCCUCCCCUGCGAAACCGUCCCUUCCUCAUGCACUUUCCCAGUUUCAUCUCUUUGCCUCUAACUCGAGUCAAUCUGUGCCCCUUUCACACCUACUCUAAUGAGGACUGGCCGAAGGUCCUACAGUGACGCUACUUCAUUCAACAGCAGUCUUAUGUUGAGAACUACAGGUGAUGCCUCUUAGUCUGUAACAUUCCCAAUAACACCUGGUGAACCAUAUUAAAAACAUUUUAAAAUGUGUUUAUUCUCAACAAUGAAAUGGCUUUUUGACUCACUACUUCUGUGACUUACUAUGACUUAUCAUCCAGGACAAGGGUGACUGGUACACUGAUACUGGACACAUUGCUAUAUAACACACAGGCUAAGUAAAAUAGAACAGCACAA